UGUUGAUCCGUGUCAGGGCGGGCGGCAUCGCGUAGCCUGGCUGCGUCCCCGGUCCCGCAGGCCGCACCUUACCUCAGUCCACCUUAGACCUCUCUGUCGCGUGGUGCUGUCCGCUAGCUCUGCGCGUUUCGGCUCAUACCGCGAAACUGUAACGCAAAAAAUAUGAAUUAAAACCGCUGCUGAACUAUUCUGAUCCUCCAAAUUCGUGUGAAAAUACAUUAGUUCUUGCUUUUUCAGUGCCAGUGUCAUACUAAGUGAUACGAUUGUGUGUUGUGUCAACGAUUCCUUUUGGUUAAUGCCCUUGAUUGUUUAGUGUGACGAGUAUGAGUGCGGGGUGAAGUGAGGCGAGGGGCGGGGCGCAAUGAGCGCUCCGGAUCCUUUAGUGCUUCAAGCGCUUCAGGGAUUCACCCAGGAGAGCGAUAAGUGGCCGGGGGCACGCGCUGUCAAGAUCUACAUAGCAUCGCUUUAUAAUGAUUUCCGUGAAGAAAGACGUCAGACACUUGAAUUGGUUGGGCCUGAGUUGCAGUCCACGUACGAUGAUCGCUAUAUUGAGAUCGAGUUCGUGGAUAUGCACUAUGGCACCGACGGCGGCGAUGACACUAAUCCCACGCUACUGAGAUAUCAUCUCGACGAGAUACGAUGCUGUAAUCGCACCUCUAAGGCCGGGUAUUUUCUGUGCUUAAUAGGCGGCGAAGCGGCGUCGUACCAACCAGUUCUACCAUUCAAUAUACCGAAAGAAACUUUUGAGCAAUUAGUACAACAUGACUCAGCACAAACCGCUCUUGUUCGCGCCUGUUACAAAAGCAGCGACGAUGGCUCAUACCAACUGGAGGGCGAUGACAAAUGGUACAGCAAUUUACUGGAUCGUGAAGAAGAGCGAAAACGUCUCUGUACAGUUCAGAAAGCAUUUAAUACGCUGGCCCUCGAAGCGUAUGAUGCUGGCGUGAACGUUGCAGAUUUAUUGCGAAGCCCCGUCGAAAUACAAUGCGAACUGGCAUUGGAUAUCCUUAAAAAUGGCAAACACCCGAAAGGUUUGAUAGUUGCACUCCGAGAGCUUUCCCCAUUAGAACCAGAUGAUACAAAAUUAACAGUAAUAGCUCAUGCGAGGUUAAAAGCACUACAAGAAAAGAUAGAGGACAUCCUACCUGACACACAUAUUAUUAGGCUAGAGGCAUCGUCAGCAGAUUCAUCACGAACGGAUGGUGGCUCAGACAUUGAAGAGAAAUUGUCACCAUUCCGAGAAAAACUGCAAGCUGUAGUCUGCUCUCUGAUCGAUGACAGCCUUAGUACUGAGCCCGAUCAGGGGAAAGGAAGGAAAAAGACUGUUCAGGAAGUUUUUUUGGAACAUAUAACUCAUCUUAGGCUAUGUAUAGAACAAAACAAUCAAUAUAAAGUCACUGUGAAACAAAUAAACGAAGCCGCUUCGAGCAUACUGUCUAAUGCCAAAGAAAAUUAUGAAAAUAGAUCUCGACACCCACCUGUGUUAAUAUACGGACCAGACGCAUCCGGAAAAAGUACUCUGCUAACGCAUUUGUACUACAAAUGCGAAGAGAUAUUCCCGAAGCCGGUGUUGAGGAUAAUAAGAUUUUCAGCAUCGACACCCAGAUCGGCUUACAAUUUAGAGCUACUGCGUGUUAUUUGUCAACAAAUGUCCAUAAUUCUAAACAUUCCAGAAGGUUACUUGCCAAAAGAUGCGAGUUUCGAUCCACUGUACAUUAACAAUUGGUUCCAAAGUUUGCUCAGACGUUGUGAAGAUAUGGAAAACCAGAUUCUAUUGAUAUUCAUUGAUAAUGUGCACAGAGUGAAUCCUCUAGAAUGUGAUAUAGUGACUGGCCUAUCGUGGCUACCGAUGUCGUUGCCGAGAAAUGUCUUUCUUAUUUGUACGACUGCCGUAUCUUUGGAGCAGCUGCAACUAACACCGGCGCAAAAAGAGAAAUUCAAAGUGCAAAGUUGCUAUUAUUUGUUAGAAGCGGUCGAGGACAUGCCGGAAAACGAUAGUUCCGGCGAAUAUAUCGAUAGUGCCUUUGAUAAUUUAGAAGCAGUUUUCGGAGCUAAGGCAUUUAGUAAAUUAGCAGGUUAUAUAACUUGUUCGGAGUUCGGUCUCACAGAACUUGAACUGCUGGAACUUUUGAUGCCGACGAGCAACAGUGAGGCUGUUAUAACGCUCAAGGACGCUAACUUCAACUUUUCUACUUUGUGUGUCGCCAAAUAUAUGAUGAAGACGCUUAUCAGCGAGAACGUAGUGUCGGGGCGCAGCACGUGGCGGUGGCGCGCCGCGUCCGCCAGCGCGCGCGCGCGCCGCCGCUACGUGCGCGUGCAGAGCGCGCUGCGCGACGCGCACUCCGACCUCGCCGCGCUGCACUUCGCGGGCUUCCUGUGCGAGCCGGACGACGCGGACACCUCGGAGGCGCAGGAGCCGGGUUGUGUAGACGACGAUGACGCGUUACUGGAUUCGACGCCAUUCCACUCGGCCAGCAGGACAGCGGCGGCCUUCACACAACGGCACGUGGAGGAGUCUUGGCUCCAUCUCCUGUUGGCUGGAGACUUCUCCAAACUCAAGGACUUGACCGUGUGCAACUUUGACUUCCUAUUGGCUGCUGUACAAACAGUAACAAUAUCAUAUCUCCGCUGUAUAUUGGAACACGUUCGCUGCUACAUACUGGACCGUGAUGUGGAGCUCGUAUAUGGCGCGGUUCGGAAGGCGAGCGAUAUACUGACCAGAGAUCCGAUGCAGUUGGGCGCUCAGAUUAUAGCCUGGCUCAGACCAGCAGUAGCUCGACGAGGCGUGCUGGCGACGCUGGUGACAGCUGCCAUGGCCUGGUGCGACGGAUAUGACAAGCCUCUACUAGUUCCACUAAAUGGAUGGUUGCACCCGCCAAUCGCGUCCACGGUGCGCGUGAUGUCGGUGGGCGGUGGCGGGGGUGCGGCGGGUGCGGGGGGCGCGGGGGGCGCGGGGGCGGGCGCGCGGCUGCUGCAGCUGGCGCCGUCCCGCCAGCACCUCGUGCUCGCGCCCUCCGCCGGCGACCCGCAGCUGUGGCACGUCAUGUCCAACUCUAAAGUGCACACGUUUAAAGGUCAUUCCGGAAGAAUACUAUGUAUGUGCGUAACUCGCGAAUCUCAAUAUUUGCUGACUGGCUCCGAAGAUACAAGUGUCAUUGUAUGGGAUUUACAUACGCUUGCCAUUAAGACGAAGAUUUUAGAGCACAUUGCGCCAGUAUUAUGUGUCGCUGCAAUAGUUAAUAGAUCCUUAGUGAUCAGUGGUGGAGAAGAUUCUGCUGUCAUUGUUACGUCAUUGGUCGACGCAGCAUUGAUUACAAAACUGGACCAUCACCGAGGACCAGUGACGUCAGUUAAAGUGAUACAAGAUGGCGAGAUCCUAGUCACGGGCUCCCAAGAUGGCACCGUCUGUACCUGGAAUGUGGAUAAUUUCACUCUACUCUCGACAAUAUCUGCUGGAGUUCCGAUACACGUAAUGGACGUGACGGAGGACAAUGUGUUCCUGAUCACGCUGCAAGGGGAAAACGAACUGCACUUGCGGACUUUCAUCACCGGGACGUAUCUGCACCCGCUCAAACGGCACAAGGCGAAGGUGAAGUGCUUCUGCGUUGCGCACGACUCUUCGCGCGCGGCGGUCGCGUGCGCGGACCAGCGCAUCUACGUAUACAGUCUGCACAGUGCGCAGCUGCUGCGCACGCUCGCCGCCGCACAUGACGUCGCCGCGCUCGCCAUCGCCGACCAGGAUCACUUCCUGCUCGCUGCUGGUGGCAAUCGAGUGACAAUAUAUUCAUUCCAUACCGAAGACAAUCUAACGAACUUCAGGCCUACGAAACAAAUGAAGAGGCGGCAGACGAAAUCUACAACGAAUAUCUCAUUAUUACAGGCGGAGCAGAGCGAGCUGAUCCCGAUCAGCUGCCUGGAGGUGUCGCGCGACGGGCAGCUGGCGGCGAGCGGCUGCGCGCGCGGGCUGGUGCGCGUGUGGCAGCUGUCCACGCACCGCCUGCAGGCCACGCUCAGCGCGCACAUGGGCCACGUCACCUGCGUCACCUUCUCGCCCAACAACCUGCUGGUGCUCAGCGGCUCGGAGGACCGCACCGUGGUCGUGUGGCAGCUCGCCGACAACUCGCCCUCUUUGACCUAUAAGGGCCACACAGCAGCGCUGCAGUCGCUGGUGAUGAUGUCGGACGGGCGGCGCGCGCUGUCGGGCGACCGCGCGCGCCGCGUGCACGUGUGGCUCGUGGACUCGGGCAUCGUGCUGCUGUCCGCCGCCGCGCCCGCCGCCUCCGUACACGUCACCCUCAACAUGAAGUAUGCGGUGCUGUCGGAGGGCGAGAGCUCGGUGCGCAUCUGGGCGCUGGCGGAGGGCGACAGCGGCGAGGAGCGGCGCGGCGUGUCGCACGCGGAGCGCGUCACGUGCGCGGCGCUCACGGCCGACUCGCAGCACGUCGUCACCGGCUCCAUGGACAUGUCGCUCAAGGUGUGGAAGCUGGACGGCGGGAAGCUGUCGCAGGUACUAGUGGGUCACACGGACAUAGUGACCUGCGUAGCGGUCUCCAUCACGAACAAGACGCAAGUGGUCUCCGGCUCGUGGGACUGCAACCUCAUUGUGUGGGACAUCAAUACUGGCUCCGACGUGCAUCUGCUCUCGGGGCAUUUGGGCAAAGUCACCUGUGUUAAGGUCACUGGAGAUGGAACGAUUGCUGUUUCUGGCGCGGAAGACAAAACGCUGAUAAUCUGGGAGACGAAACGCGGGCUCGCGCUCACGUCGCUGGCGCUGCACGUGCCGCUGCUCGACUUGCAGAUCACCAGCGACUGCUCGCGCAUCGUCGUGCACUUGCUCGAUAGAGGUUGUCUGCCGAUAAUCUGUUUGCACAACACGCCCGCCACCUACGUCAAGAUUCCGACUUACGCUGCGCCCACUAAGGACGUUGAUGAACUUCGUCCACUAGCUCCGAAGCGGCCAAUGAGAAGAUUGCUCAAGAAAGAAGUGUCAUUGGACACUUACACUUGGCAGAAGAAAUACGCACAUUUAACAUCAGCUGCUAUGAUGGCGCAAGUUGAUGAACGACUUAAACGGAGAUUCUCCGUCUCAGCGUCCAUGGAGGAAAUAUCUAAGAUUCAAGAAGCGAAGGCCAAGGAUCUUGGUUCGCAGGUGAGCUUGGGCCCGGAGCAGGCGGCGCUGGCGCAGUCGCAGCACUUCGACCAGCUGGAAGCGCUCUGGAACAAGAUCUCGCCGCCCAGGCGACGUUCCAACAAAUCGCUAUCCAAACAGAGCUCGUUAAUCGAGCGGCUCGACUCGUCUGAUGAAGAGCAUACUCCUGUCGAGGAGCAAGAACAUAUGGUGGAGUAAAACAACAACAAACUCAAUUUAUUUGGAACUUCGUUAGCUUGUUUUUUUGAGCUGGUCUCAACGUAUUAAAUAUACUUUGUUGAAGAUUAAUUUUAUGAUAAGUUUAACCGUUAUUUACUUUUUAUAGUACAAUUCUAGCUGUGGUUUUCAAUUGUUUUUAAUUGCACUUAUCUCAGAGCUUACGGGCUAAAUGUAAUCGUAGUUUGUUGAAUAAACCUAGCGUAGGUACCUUAAGUAAUUCUUAACCUCCUAAGCCUCUGCAAUGUGAUCUUAUAGUUGUAGCUUCUAUUGGAUAAGUUUCUUUAACUUCAUUUUUUCGCGUUUCUAAAUUCUGUUAUAAUGAUUUAAUUAAAACUAUUUUUAUUUAAUACAGUGAUAUAAGAAAUGAAGUUACAGAGACUUGUUUUAUACUAUUUAGAGUAUGAAUGUUGAUGUUAUCUACUAUAAAUUUAGAAUAAUCGUAAUGUGCUAUAUUCAAAGUGUAUUUAUUGUUUUUAUAUUUAAUUUGUUAUUUAAAAACACCGAUAUAUACCAAUACUGUUAGGGAUAUUCAAGUAGAUAAUU